UGUUGCCGCACUUCCGGCUUUUGUGUCGCUGUCUCUGGGCUCUGGCGACCGGAGGGCCUGGGAUAGAGUCCAGCGCCCUUGGAGCUUCCAGUCACAUCCCUUUUCUAUCCCAGCACCCCAGACUUUUCCGUGGAAAGGCAUAUAAACCUUAUAGAUGUCUGCAAACCAUCUGUUUACUCCCAAAUCCACCACCGUUGCCACAGGAAGCGUGUGCCUGACAGAGAGAGACAGAGAGGGAAAGUAAGAAAUCCCCCAGGCUUUUGGGCGCACACAUAGGCACACAGGCGUGAUUUUCAGGCUACCACACCCAGUACUCCCAACUGUGGUCGGCAUAUGGGAAUCCAGUGCCUUAACCACCAGGGCAACUGCUACCUCCCCCUCCCCCAGGGCUUUUUAAAUGAGUGAUUUGGGGGCAUUAGAUGGAUUUUUCAGUUAUAGAAAAUAACUGCUUGACUUGGAGGAGUAAGUGAUGAAGGGAGUGUGUGGGUGGUACAAUGGAAAGUGCUUUGGAACAUUAAGUUGGUUACCAGGGUGGUUCAGAUGUAGUCUCUACCACUGAUUAGCUGGAUGAUCUGGGACAAAACACAUAGACUCAGCAAGUCCUAAAUUUGCCCUAAGUAAAAUAAAAUAGAUGAUCUCAAGUGCUCCUCCAAUUUUGAAAUUCAGUGAUAGGCCGAAUUUGGCUGUGAAAAACUCAGGCCAAUGCCUAACUACCUAAUGCCCCACCUACAUUUUCUGCUGUACCACCAGUAUGUUGAAAGACUACCUGUUGAGAGAAGCUGAGUGACAGAGGACCAAAGAACAUUGUAUAGGCCAUUGCUAAGUAGACCAUAAGCAAUCAGUAAAUGAAUGUGGAAUAAGCAGACUGAUGAAACCUUACUAUUUGACAGAAAAAUGGGUUUACACAAUUUUCUUCAGCUACCUGAGACAGAAUGGAAUUUUCAGGAACAGUAUCAGUGAAAAAGAAGGGAAUUUAGUAAAGAAAAUAUAAUAAUUGGAAAAUAAGGAUUAAGAGCGAUACAAAUGGAGCCAGCUACAUAGCAUAAUGUUUAAGGAUAGCAAAAACCUAUCUUAUAAAGCCUCCUGGUCACAAAAAACAGCCUGGCCAAGCAGACCCUAUUUGAUCCAGUGUGCCGGUUCGUUGGACCUGAAUAAUGAUUGCUGAGUCAAGUGAUACUAUGGAUUUAGCUCCCCAGGAGAUGGAAGGUAUAGUGAUAGUGAAGGUGGAAGAGGAAGAUGAAUAUGAGUAUGAGGCAGACCAUUUUCAAAGAGAACAAAAUAACAUAAAACCAUCACCACAAUAUCCUCGUCGUUCUACAUCUAUGAAUGAAAGAGCCUUGUUAUCAUCAUAUUUAGUCGCAUAUCGAGUGGCAAAAGAGAAAAUGGCCCACACAGCUGCUGAAAAAAUUAUCCUCCCAGCUUGUAUGGAUAUGGUACGUACAAUUUUUGAUGAUAAAUCAGCUGACAAACUACGAACUAUACCUCUUAGUGAUAAUACAAUAUCUCGUCGAAUCUGUACAAUUGCAAAACAUUUAGAAGCAAUGCUUAUUUCACGGCUACGCUCUGGUGUAGAAUUUGCAAUCCAGCUCGAUGAGAGCAGUGAUAUUGUAAGUUGUCCAGCACUCUUGGUUUACAUCAAAUAUGUGUGGAAAGAUGAUUUUGUAGAGGAUCUCUUAUGUUGUUUAAAUGUGAGUUCACGUAUAACUGGAUUAGAUUUAUUUAUUGAAUUGGAAAAGUGCAUUGUUGGUCAAUAUAAAUUAAGCUGGAGAAAUUGUAAAGGAAUUUCAAGUGAUGGAGCAGCAAAUAUGACUGGAAAGCAUAGCAGAGUUAUUGAAAAAUUGUUAGAAGCAACGUAUAACUGUGCUCUCUGGGAUCACUGUUUUAUUCACCGAGAAGCUUUGGUAUCUAAAGAAAUGCCACCAAGUCUAAUUGAUGUAUUGAAAACUGCAGUGAAAAUUGUUAAUUUUAUUAAAGGAAGCUCAUUGAACAACAGAAUUCUUGAAAUAUUUUGUUCAGAGAUUGGAGUUAACCAUGCACACUUACUGUUUCAUACAGAAGUUCGUUGGUUGUCUCAAGGGAAAAUAUUGAGCAAAGUAUAUGAACUCAGGAAUGAGAUUUACAUUUUUCUUAUUGAGAAGCAAUCUUAUCUGGCAAAUAUUUUUGAAGAUAAUAUUUGGGUAACAAAAUUGGCAUACUUAAGUGAUAUUUUUAGCAUUCUUGAUGAGUUAAAUUUGAAAAUACAAAGGAAAAAUAAUGAUACAUUUCAAUACCUUGAACAUAUUCUAGGAUUCCAAAAGAUGUUACUAUUGUGGCAAACAAGACUUAAAAGUAAUUGCCCUAGCUACUAUAUGUUCCCAACAUUGUUGCAACACAUUGAAGAGAACAUUAUUAAUGAAGACUGCUUAAAGGAAAUAAAAUUAGAGAUAUUGUUGCAUCUCACUUCUUUGUCUCAAACCUUUAAUUAUUACUUUCCAGAAGAAAAAUUUGAAUCAUUAAAAGAAAAUAUUUGGAUAAAAGACCCAUUUGCUUUUCAGAACCCAGAAUCAGUAAUAGAAUUAAACUUGAUGCCUGAAGAAGAGAAUGAAUUAUUGCAUCUCAGUUCAUCAUUCACACUGAAGAAUUAUUACAAGACAUUGAGUUUGUCAGCAUUUUGGAUUAAGAUUAAAGAUGAAUUUCCAUUACUAAGUAGAAAGAGUAUAUUGCUGCUAAUACCAUUCACAUCUACCUAUUUGUGUGAACUAGGAUUUUCAAUUUUGACACGAUUAAAAACAAAGAAAAGAAAUAGGCUUAAUAGUGCACCGGACAUGCGGGUGGCUUUAUCUUCAUGUGUUCCUGACUGGAAAGAACUUAUGAAAAGGCAAGCACACCCAUCACAUUAAAUAAAGUCUUUACAAAGUUU